AUGCAAUCAACACUCUACCGCCGCGCCCUCCCACGCCUACCACGAGCCUCAACAUCAACGCGGGUGCGCCUCACCACGACACCGAAACGCAACUACGCAGCGCCAGCCGAAGAAUUCACUAACAGAUGGCCACUCAUGGUAGCCGGCGCCCUAGUGUUUUCCGUCCCAGUAUACUACAUCAUGCACAGCGACAAGCCGUCCGCCUCGGAACAGGCGGCGAUCAAGGAGAAACGUAGGAAGCAUGGCACGGAGGAUGAACACCGAGAUCCCAGGGAUAGUCCCGUCAAGACUUUGGAGCAGAAGCGCGCGAGGGAUGGUCAGUAG